GCCAAGUGCUGUCUCCCUGACGACGGCCGCUGGACUCGCUGCUGUGAAAAUGUUGAAGAAAUUCGAUAAAAAAGAUGAAGAGUUAGGAAGUGGAUCCAAUCCUUACCAACAUUUGGAGAAGAGUGCAGUACUACAAGAGGCCCGUAUUUUCAAUGAAACGCCAUUAAAUCCCAGAAAAUGCUUACAUAUUCUUACAAAGAUUCUGUACCUGCUGAACCAGGGAGAUCAUUUUGGAACAGCAGAAGCUACUGAAGCCUUCUUUGCAAUGACCAAACUGUUUCAGUGCAAUGAUCAAACUCUUAGAAGAAUGUGCUACUUGACAAUCAAAGAGAUGGCGAACAUAUCAGAAGAUGUAAUAAUAGUCACAAGCAGUUUGACCAAGGACAUGACUGGGAAGGAUGAUGUGUACAGAGGUCCGGCUGUAAGGGCGCUGUGCCGUAUUACAGAUGUGACAAUGCUGCAGGGGAUUGAACGUUAUAUGAAACAAGCUAUUGUGGAUAAGGUGGCAAGUGUUUCCAGCUCUGCCUUGGUGUCCUCUCUGCAUCUCAUAUCUACAAGCUAUGAUGUGGUGAAACGUUGGGUGAAUGAGGCUCAAGAGGCUGCCUCCAGUGAUAAUAUCAUGGUGCAGUAUCAUGCUUUAGGCCUCUUGUAUCACAUACGGAAGACAGACCGGUUAGCUGUUACAAAGAUGGUAAAUAAAUUCACAAAGUGUGGUCUGAAAUCCCCAUUUGCCUAUUGCAUGCUGAUCCGUAUUGCAAGUAAACUCUUGGAGGAAGCGGAGGGAGGGCAGGACUGUCCCUUAUUUGAUUUCAUUGAAAGCUGCUUACGUAAUAAACAUGAAAUGGUUGUCUAUGAGGCAGCAUCAGCCAUCGUCCAUCUACCUAACUGCACUGCUAGGGAGCUGGCACCAGCUGUCUCAGUUCUGCAGCUUUUCUGUAGUUCUUCCAAACCGGCUCUGAGAUUCGCUGCUGUUCGAACUCUCAACAAAGUUGCGAUGAAACACCCAUCUGCUGUGACUGCUUGUAACCUGGACCUAGAGAACCUGAUCACAGACUCGAACCGCAGUAUUGCAACACUGGCUAUUACCACAUUGCUGAAAACUGGCAGUGAGAGUAGCGUAGAUCGGCUUAUGAAGCAGAUCUCAACUUUCGUGUCUGAAAUAUCUGAUGAAUUUAAGGUGGUUGUAGUGGAAGCAAUCAGUGCACUUUGCCAGAAAUAUCCUCGUAAGCACAGUGUUAUGAUGAACUUCCUUUCUAACAUGCUGAGGGAUGAGGGUGGGUUUGAGUACAAACGUGCCAUCGUUGAUUGUAUUAUUAACAUCAUUGAGGAGAAUCCAGAUAGUAAAGAAACUGGUCUGGCCCAUUUAUGUGAAUUUAUUGAAGACUGUGAGCACACUGUUUUGGCCACUCGUAUUUUACACCUAUUGGGUAGAGAAGCACCCAAGACUCCAGUUCCUUCCAAAUACAUACGCUUCAUAUUCAACAGGGUGGUAUUGGAAAAUGAGGCAGUGAGAGCUGCUGCUGUAAGUGCAUUAGCUAAGUUUGGAGCCCAAAAUGAAGAGCUGCUUCCAAGUGUCUUGGUUCUUUUACAGAGGUGUAUGAUGGACUGUGAUGAUGAAGUUCGUGAUCGUGCAACUUUCUACGUGAAUGUAUUACAACAACGGCAGAAAGUUCUCAAUGCAAGUUAUAUUUUUAACGGUUUGUCAGUCUCUAUUCCAGGCUUAGAACGAGCUUUACAUCAAUACACCCUGGAGCCGUCAGAUAAACCAUUUGACAUGAAAUCUGUCCCCCUGGUCACUGCUGUUCACAUUGAGCCCAAAACUGAAAUUACAGCUGUUGCCAGUAAACAAUUGGAGAAGAUUGCACCAUUGUGUCAAGACAUAUUCCAAGAACAAUUGGCAGCUAUUCCAGAAUUCAAGCAUCUUGGCCCACUCUUCAAGUCAUCGGCACCUGUACAGCUUACAGAAGCAGAGACUGAGUAUGUGGUUCGUUGCAUCAAACACACGUUUAAAAAAUAUAUGGUAUUUCAGUUCGACUGUACCAACACUCUGAAUGAUCAGUUAUUGGAAAAGGUCACUGUACAGAUGGAGCCUUCAGAUGCAUAUGAUAUGGUGUGUUCCGUGGCAGCACCAGCUCUUCACUUUAACCAACCAAGCUCUUGUUACACACUUGUGAUGCUGCCCAGGGAUGAUCCUACAGCAGUUUCCUGCACAUUUAGCUGUACAAUGAAAUUUGUAGUGAAAGACUGUGAUCCCAACACUGGACUGCCAGAAGCUGAGGGCUACGAUGAUGAGUAUGUGUUAGAAGACCUGGAGGUGACGGUUUCUGAUCAUAUGCAGAAGGUCCUAAAGCCUAACUUUACAGCUGCUUGGGAUAAAAUAGGAGACAAGUUUCAGAAAGAGGAAACAUUUGCACUCUCUUCUGUGAAGACAUUGAAUGAGGCUGUGAAUAAUAUAAUUAGUUUCCUUGGAAUGCAGCCUUGUGAGAGAUCGGACAAGGUUCCAGAGAAUAAAAAUGCUCACACACUUUAUCUGGCAGGUGUUUUCAGAGGCGGCUAUGAUGUCCUUGUACGUGCCAGACUAGCUAUGGCCGAUGGGGUUACAAUGCAAGUGACAGUCAGAAGUGAGGCAGAGGUGGCUGUAGAUGUGAUCCUGGUUUCUGUUGGUUAAACUCUCAUUGGUUUACUUAACUUUUUAGUUUCCCAUCUUUAUGAAGUUAUAUACUUUUGGUUUAAAAAAAUUAAUCUGGAACAUACAUCUUUCUUGGUCCAUCUAGGAUGCAACUAAGUGUAUUGCUGCUUCAUUGUGAAUUGAUGCUCAGAUUAAUACCUGAACAUUCCUUCAUGUUUAGACAACAACUGUUUACACUUUGUCAUCUGUUAAGCCAUGUAACAGAACUGUCUACAUAAUGAAAAAUACAUGCAUUUUUUGUGAA